AUGGAGAACACUACCGAGGACCCAGUCUUCAUCACAGAUGCGGUUGUCAACUUUCUUACGGCGACUGCGAGUUUAGAAAACGUGACAACAGCACCAGAGGGCGUCUACAACCCAGCAGACUACGGCGUGUACGGCUACUACCCGCCGCUAGAGCCCCUGCUGAGUUUCAUCCUAGCGGUCAUGACCAUUUGGUCCGUGUUCGGCAACGGCUGCUUGCUGUAUCUCGUCUGUACUGAGAAAAACAUGCGGGAACCAGGAAACAUAUUUUUGUGUGUCCUGGCGCUCACAGACAUCGCCCAGAUACUGGUCUACGCCCCCACAACCAUGCGCAGCUUGGCGCACGGAGAGAUCCCAGGUGAGGGUUGGUGCAGGGUCCAAGGCUUCUUCGUUCCUUUCCUAGUCACACUGUCAGUCUACCUGCAUGCGGGUCUGUGGACCUGCAGGUUUAUACACAUCGCCUUUCCUCUCCGGUACGCUUCCAUGAUGACCAAACGUCGCCUCGCCGUCGCUAUGACCGUCUGCGCGCUGAUUGCCUCAGUAGCACCUAUGGUUGACGUCGCUCUUGUCGGGACUGUACAGGUAUGGACAAUGUUCGAAUCCUCUGUCGACAUCGCACAGCCUCUCAGUAUCAUGCUCCCGUGUAUCUUUGGAGGCCAAAAUGCCACCGUCUAUACAGGAAUGGUCACGACCUUCAUCGGUGUGGCCAUCAGCAGUGUUGCCGCCGCUCUCAUCUGCAAGGUGGCCUGGGACAACGAGAGGAGGCACACGAAACUGUCCGGGAUCGCCAAGGAUCAGUUCGACCACAAACUGAAAGCAGCCAAAACACUGAUGAUCAUAACGGGAAUCCAGCUGUUCACGUGGCUUCCUGGGCUUGUCACUGGAUUUCUGCUGAAGGGGAAAGUCAUCGGGACUGACGUAGGACUCAUCCUUUCGGACAUCUUCUUCGUCGUCAUGAUGACAAGUACCUUCACCGAUUCAAUUGUGUUCGCCAUGCGCAAGAACAUCUACCGCCGCGCGGUGAGCAAGAUAUACGGCAAGAUCAGGGAGCGCUACCAGCGAUCUGUGGGUCCUGACCAUAUCCCCAUGGGUACAUUGCGUCGGACAGAAAAAACCUAA